CUUUCUGCCGUCUUGUUCUCCGUCCUCCCGCCGCUCUUUAAGCUUUGCUCCCUAUCGACCUUCUCACUCGGGAACUCUUGGUCAUAUAGCCCAUAGACUGUACAUUGACAACACUUGCAACGGACGCUAGCUGCUCUUUGUGCCCUCGAUACAUAUCUUCUGCUUGCUAGACCUUGCUGUGAACCGAAGCUAUUCAAUAUGGCGGACAAGGGAUCUGUACACCAUACUAAGGAUGAAGACGAUGUAGUGGAGAUCAAGAAGGCACUAGCGACUGGGUCUGGGAGCUCUGGGACCGUCGCUGCAUCCUCAGUCGCGCCUAUCAUAUGCUACUGUAUUGCCUCCAUCCUAAUGACCGUGGUGAACAAGUUCGUCGUGUCGGGCACCCACUUCAACAUGAACUUCCUCCUGUUGUGCAUGCAAUCGUCCGUCUGCGUUGCAUGUGUGUUCACCGUGAAGAGGCUUGGAAUAAUCUCGUUCCGCGACUUUGACAUGAAAGACGCGAAGGUGUGGUGGCCAAUUAGUGUCAUGCUGGUCGGCGUCAUCUAUACGGGCUCGAAGAGCUUGCAAUACCUGAGCAUCCCGGUAUACACUAUUUUCAAGAACCUCACGAUCAUCCUCAUUGCCUAUGGUGAGGUUAUCUGGUUCGGCGGCCGCGUUACAGGUCUCACCCUGGUCUCUUUCAUUCUAAUGGUGGCCUCCUCAAUCAUUGCGGCAUGGGCGGAUAUCAGCGACGCGCUGGCCAUCGGAGAUCCCGCUGUCGCGGAAGCAGCGUACGGGCUCGCUUCCGUCACCGGAGUGGUGUCCAAGAUGAACAUCGGAUACUUCUGGAUGUUCCUGAACUGCGCCACCAGUGCUGCAUAUGUGUUGACGAUGCGCAAGAGGAUCAAGCUGACGGGAUUCUCCGACUGGGAUACCAUGUUCUACAACAACUUGUUGUCUAUUCCUGUUCUGGCCGUUGCAUCAAUUGUGGCCGAGAACUGGGGCUACGAGAACCUCGUGCGCAACUUCCCCCCUGAGACGCGGGACUUCCUCCUGUUCGCUAUCGCGUUCUCUGGCGCCGCAGCCGUCGGUAUCUCGUACACGACUGCGUGGUGCAUCCGGGCGACGAGCAGCACGACGUACAGCAUGGUCGGCGCCCUCAACAAACUACCCGUCGCAGCGUCGGGUAUGAUCUUUUUCGGCGACCGUGUCACCUUCGGAUCCGUCACGGCAGUAUCGGUCGGGUUCUUUGCCGGAUUGGUGUACGCAGUUGCGAAGAACAACCAAAAGAAGGCAGAGACGGCGAGUCAACAGGGCGUCAUCCCACUGACGAAUCGGGCGUCGUGAUGCGCUGCAUUCCGUGCAUCGCGAUGGGGCGCGCGCGGCACGCGGCGUGGUGUCGGUUCGGGUUGGAAGCGUCGAAUAGAGACAUUUUCGUUCUUGGGAUGGAUACGCAUCGGUGACCGACGUGCUUGGCCCGAUGCCAAUGACAGGGAAGAGAUAACGACCGG